CAUGGGGGGUCUCUUUUGGGAUACACAUACAUAUGUAGAACGUAAUUACCCCCCUCAGCGAUUUUGCCCCUGUCCUGUGUGGGUCUGUUCUACGUACCAGUACCGGUAGCACAAGUACAUGUACUAAUAAAUGACCCACCGUAUCUUUUGUAUCUUUCCAAAAGCCCAAGAAAGCAAGAAAGCAAAAAGCAAGAAGCCUCCACACUUCUUCUGUUGAAGGGUUGUUCUUUAGCAACUAUCCUCCACCAUGACAUCAGAAGAGAAAGAAGUAGAGUUGGAGAUAUACUCGAGCCGAGACAAGACCACUUGGACCACUGUUUGGGUGGGAACAGGAGCCACUCUUGCGGAUUUGAGAAACCAAAUCAUUCCACAACAACUCGUGGGGCAACGCUUCCGACUUCCAAACAAUUACGUCUUUCAACAUUACCGGAACGGGGCGCCCUUUGUCGUCAGUACCAUCAAUGAACACCGGUACCUGUGCACAUGCCUCCAACAGCUCAAGGUUUUACCAGAAGAAUGGGACGAGGAAGCAGACCAAACGCCAACAUUCAAUGAAACGAAAAACAAAGAGGCAAGUUCACCGCAAACCAGAUCCGAGCGGAUACUGGAACCAAAAAAGAGACCUCCUUGUCGAGGGGAAGGCACCGCAAAAGUAACAGAAUGUAAGAGGAAAAAGGCAGAACAUUCGAAUCCAGUGGAAGAGACUAGUAGACACCCAGAUGGAGAGGACAUUUCAAAGCAAAGCUGUUCUGGAUCUGCCAUGGAAGCCGACCAGCCAGAGGCUUCUGAGUGGACCAUGGUAUCAGCUUCCGGUGAAUGUGAGCCAAACCCUGAUCCUCCCAUGGACGCCGAGGCUUCUGUAGAGAAAAACAGAGUGGAACCCACCAUAGUAGAACCAGCCACGUCGUCAUGUCACGAUGGUAGUGAGCCAGAAGCGGUGAAAAGUGGUCAAAGACAUAAUACCAAUGAGGUUUCUGAGCCAAAUAAGAAAGCCAUCAAUGAGACUGAAUCUACUUCUACAACAGCCUUGGUAAACGAUGAUGAAAGCCAGCUCAACCCUGCAAAUGAUGAUGCGGAAACGCACAAGGAGGCGACAUCAGAAUCAAGGAUGGAAGAUGCAGAGCCAAAUGUUCGCGCCAAUGGAGCGGAUCAACCUACCUUGGUGACCAGUGUACCCGAGGCAGCAACCGUCCGAAGCAGCAAUGUGCAAAGCAGAACGGAUACAGAGCCAACCUUGGGAGACAAGGAACGUGAGGCUGUCGUGGAUGCAUCGGAUCGGAGCCCUGCUGUGGUCAAGAGCCAGGAUUCCUGUCUCCCAGAGCCCACGGUUUCGAAGGACACAGAAAGUGGUGUUCUGCAAGCAGGAAACGUGCAGAAUCCUAUUGUGCUGGAUUCCGAUUCCGAGUCGGAAGAAGAGGAUGUGAAGCCCAAGGCAGCAGUGGUGACUCCUCUGGCUUCCAGAAAGUCGGAAGCGGCCAGUACUGGAGUGGUCAGAACACGUUAUGGUCGCAUAGUGAAGACACCUGAUAGCAACUCCAUGCAAAAUCACAAGUGUGCUGAACGCACAGCACCCAAGGAGGAGGAGGAAGAAGAAGAGGAAGAAGAAGAAGAACAGUCACAAACAAAGAAGUCCCGUUCCAGGUCCCACCAAGGAGACGCCACAGAUCACACAGCUGUUGUCGGAAGCAAUGUUGCCAAUGGCGCGGAGGACAAUGACCCCGCUGAUCUUGGCAAUGACGCAGAACUUCCCGUCGAAAUCAAGCAAGAAAAACUGAAGAAAAGAAGGCAGGAAUUCUACAAUGGACAUGCCGAACGAUUCUUGCUGAAACGUCAACAUGGUGGAAUUGCUCGGCUGGGGGGUAGCGUGCAGAAUACCUGGGGGCAACCUGCAUUGUGGAACCGUAAUAUUUGGGAUAAUGACCACAACCUAAGAGCUGGAUAUCCUAUUCCAAAGCACCUCUCCACCUUGCAGGACCAAGAAGAACCAGAGUCUAUGAAAGACUUUGAGUUUGUGGCAGCCAACAUGAUGCACAAUCCCAAUGCCCCACAAUACGCUAGCCAACCUUCGGCAUCAAUCAACUGCGUCCCCGAAUACUCUCGGGCAAUGGGUCGCUCAUUUCCACUCUUUGUGAAACGAACUCGAACACACAGGAACCACAAGGGCGAGGGUAAGCUUUUAGGAUGGGAGUAUGUUGGAAACUACAAAGCUUCAGAUGAAGGUAGCACUUUCUGGGAAUCAGCAUUGAAUUGCCCAGAGGCCAAUAAGAAGCAGGUUGGCACGGAUUUCUUGGAAUCGGCCAAAGCAGAAAAUGGGUAUGGCAGGCGGGCAUUGGAUUCGUGGAAUCGCAGACUGAAAAACGAGUUGAGGAAUGAUCCUAGCCCAGCAGCUCCUGAAUACCUGAUAGAGAAGCGACAACCUACAGAAGAUGAAAUACGUGCCAAGAAGCCUCCUUUGGCUGCUCGUGCACGUGCCCUUGGAUUCCAUCCAAAGAUGGGUGACGAGAAACUGAUGGAACUCUUGUUGAAUCUGGAUGAGUUUUUCGAGGCGGAGAUCAUUCAUUUUGUGGAGUACGAUGAACGCAUCUACGAUUAUUGCAGUGCGCAAGGAGGCAUAACACACAAGGACAGCAAUGGUGUUGAUGUUGCAAAGUCAGAUGGCUCGCCAGCCAAAGCUGGCGAUUGGUAUGCCUUUGCCGAAGAACACAUGUUGAUGCAUUGAACAUUCAUGGUUGGUGCAGCUUGCGAAUGCACAUGGGUAGCCGUGUUAAUCGCCUUUUACAUUACAUUUACAGCUAUGAAUCGGACGUGGUUCACCUGCAUUA